UCGCCCGGGCCCUCGGCGGGCUUUUCGGGGACAAAGAUGGCUACGGCCAGCGACUUCUACCUGUGCUACUACGUAGGUCACAAGGGCAAGUUUGGACACGAGUUUCUGGCGUUUGAGUUUCGGCCGGACGGAAAACUUAGAUAUGCCAACAACAGCAAUUAUAAAAAUGGUGUCAUGAUCAGAAAGGAGGCUUAUGUUCACAAGAGUGCAAUGGAAGGAUUGAAGAGAAUUAGUGAUGGCAGUGAAAUUACAAAAGAAGAUGAUGCUUUGUGGCCUCCGCCUGACAGGGCUGGUCGGCAGGAGCUUGAAACUGUCAUUGGAGAUGAACACACGUCGUUUGCCACAUCAAAAAUAGGUUCUCUCAUUGGUGUUAAUCAGUCAAAGGAUCCCAAAGGCCUUCGAGUAUUUUACUAUUUGGUACAGGACCUGAAAUGUUUAGUUUUUAGUCUUAUUGGAUUACAUUUCAAGAUUAAACCAAUCUAA